CCCUCGGCCGCGCCCCGCCUCCAGCCGCCUCCGUCGCGCCCUGCUCCCGCCCCCGCGCGGCGCUGAGCUCUGUCGGCGCCUGGCGUACUUCGAGUCCCCGCCAGGCCUCCGGGCCGGCUUCCGCGGUCGCCAUGACGGCGGCCGUGUUCUUCGGCUGCGCCUUCAUUGCCUUCGGGCCUGCGCUGGCUCUCUACAUCUUCACCAUCGCCACUGAGCCGUUGCGCGUCAUCUUCCUCAUCAUCGGAGCUUUUUUCUGGUUGGUAUCUCUGCUGUUUUCGUCCCUUUUUUGGUUCAUGGCAAGAACCAUUACUGACAACAAAGAUGGACCAAUACAGAAAUAUCUGCUGAUCUUGGGAGUGUUAGUCUCCGUCCUUGUCCAAGAAAUGUUUCGAUUUGCAUAUUAUAAACUUUUGAAAAAAGCCAAUGAGGGUUUGAGGAGUAUAAACCCAGAUGAGACAGCACCCUCUAUGCGAUUGCUGGCCUAUGUUUCUGGCUUGGGUUUUGGAAUCAUGAGUGGAGUAUUUUCCUUUGUAAAUACCCUUUCUGACUCCUUGGGACCAGGCACAGUGGGCAUUCAUGGAGACUCUCCUCAGUUCUUCCUAAAUUCAGCUUUCAUGACGCUGGUUAUCAUAUUGCUGCACGUGUUCUGGGGCAUCAUAUUUUUUGAUGGCUGUGAGAAGAAAAAGUGGUCUGCCCUUCUUGUAGUUCUUCUGACCCAUCUGCUGGUGUCAGCCCUGACCUUCAUAAGUCCUCAUUAUGGAAUAAAUUUGGUGUCAACAUAUAUAAUUGUGGUACUCAUGGGCAUUUGGGCAUUCUUUGUUGCUGGCGGCAGCUGCCGAAGCCUGAAACUGUGCCUACUCUGCCAAGACAAGGACUUCCUCCUUUUCAAUCAGCGUUCCAGAUAACCUCUGACAACCAGCACCUGCCAAACAGUAAGCUGCAUCUUUAGAGGAAGCACAACUGUGCCUUUUUCUAAAAAUUCCUUUUCCUGGUGGGAUUUAGAAAAAACAAAACCCUCUAGAUAAAUAAAAUAUGACUUCAUGCAACAGCUCUCUGGAAGGAUACAGCAGUGGAUGUACACAUCCUGGCUGCACAUUAGAAUCGAACCCCUUGGGGAAGCGUAAAGAAUAUUGAUAUCUGGGCUUCACCCUCCACAUAUAAUUGGUCUGGGCAUUUGGUCAUUUUUAAAAGCUUUUCCCAGAUGACUCUGAUGUGCAGCCAGGUUGAUAAUCAUCAGCGUCCAGAUAGGAACUUUCUGAGAACACCAUAAAUGAAUAAAAGUCCGAUGUUUAGCCGUCUCUCAACUCAGCUUGUGCUGAGCAGGUAAAUCUCUGACUGUCAGAUCCUGCUUAGCCUUUGUCUUUUUAAGUUAUGAAGUCACAAAACGCUAAAGGGCUCUCACCCCUGUGAACUUUUCAUGUUCUUUAUUAUACCCUAAAUUUAUGAGAACAUGGUAGAUUGUGCUUCUAAAUGCAAUAGUAAAUUGCACUGACUUACUAUGAUAAUUUAGCCAAAGUAAGCUAGUGAUUAACAAGCUGCAUUUUUUCCUGUAGUUUUACAUUCUGGAUUCUGCUUUGUGAGGCAUUACUUUGUUCGUGAGCAUAGAUUCAGUUUCUUUACCUAAAAAUCAAUUAUUUUCUGAUUUCUGGGAAGGUAUUAUAAACCAAGAAUUUUUGUGCAACUUCCGUAAAUCUUUCCUGGGUUUAAGGCUUUUCGUGAGCUGUGCCCCGAGGCAGUGUUUCCCAGCUGAGUGCUAGCAACCAGCUGGGCUAGUUGGGGUGAAGUCCAUUGUUCUAUCUCUGAGCAGUUCUGCAGGUUGCUGAGUGAUGUACCCUGGGACACGCUUCACUAGAGCUGGUGAAAGUUCAAAAGCAUGAGGAAAACAAGCCAGUAGAAUGAUGUUGACACUUUAAAUUUGCUCCUGUGAUACUAACCAGUACUUCCUCCUCCUCACCAAGUGAUGUAGUGCAGAAUUAGAAAUCUGUCUUAAACUGCCAAAUCGAUGCUUUUACAGAAUCCGUAUAAUCUUUAGAGCUAGCAAAUGUCUCUGGGUUUUAGUAGCAGAUACAACACUCCCUUUAUAGGAAUACCCAAGUUGUUUGUUCAGCUUCUGAGCAACCUUUUGAUUUCCUUUAUAAAGAGGAAAUGCCAGUGAAUUGUGCCUUUACUAACUAGAAAUUGCUCCCAGUUAAUGGCUUUUAGAGAGUGGAUGGUGUGAAAUGAAAAUUCCCUACACAUUAAAGUGAUAAGCUCAAUGGAUCCCAUAUGUGCAGUAGAACACCCAAAAGAAAUGGGAGCAGCAAUGAGAGAGAGCUCACCAGUGCCAUGACAGAUGGAAGAAUUGAACGGUACUGUGAUGGGAAAGAAUAAUGAACGUGUCUAAAGUGGAAAUGUGGCCAGUGUUUUGGGCUGGCCACACAUCAUUCCAGGGGCCAGACCUUUCACAUGAACUAGAUCUUUAUCGGUGAAAUCUCCCCCCAUGUUUAAAUUAUGAGAAUUUCUCAAUCUAGGGAUUCAAGAGAAAUAGGAUUUCUAGCAAGGCUGUAAACAGUCCCAUAGCAAUUACAGUUAUUACCCUAAAGUUCACUUCACAACACAAAUACCGACGCUUCCACUGGAGUUUGCAGUUUUCCCCCUUUAUACCAAGUUUUCCUUAGAUGAAAAGAGCCACAGGAAGAGUCAAAGGCAUAGAGACUGAGCAGUGAAAUUUACUGUGCAGAGUUAAGGGAAACAGGAUACCCACUGAACUGCCCUUUAUUCCUAUAGGAAUGUGGUGUUCUUUGAUGAACAGAAUAAGAAAAAUACAUAGUUGGUUAUUAGUAUUGACUUACACAUAUCUUAAAUGGAUAGUCUGAUAAAAUAUUUGAUCUAUAAAGUAUUGAAAAAUCCGAGAAUAUUGGUCGUACACAUUCCUGCCCUCUGAGGAUAUCCUCUGUGCUUUAAUAGUUUAAUAUUAAGUAAAGAAGCUGGGAUAUGGUACAAUCUUAUUUAUAAAAAUUUCUCAGGCCAGAGGAAAAUUUUCUUUGAUGCUAAGACUCUUGUCUGAGGAAAUUAUUUUUGACUCCCUAUGAAUAAAGGAACUUUGUAAUCCUGAUUUCUCUUAAAAUGUGAGCAUUGCCAUAGUCAGCUUAGGCACUGUUGUCAUAAAUAGCCCUGAUUUGCCUGAUGCCAAGGACACCCAGAAGGAGAGGAGAGGAUAGUAUUCCUCUGUUGCUGUGUAUAUAUCGAGGUGCCUUUUUUUUUUUUUUUAAACAUUUGUUAUCUAUGGUGAGCCUUCUGAGCCCUGAUAGUAUUUGUAGAGGAGGUGGUGUUGAUAUUUUAUGUUUUCCUCCGCACCAAGCUUUCUCAGUUUGGAAGGAAAUGUGGGUUAUAGAGUUAAAGUUGACCUUGGAAUAUGAAUAUUGUUGCAGUGCUUGAAUAUCUUGCCAUGUGAUUAAUAGAGAUUGUUUUGUUGCUCUCUAAUAAAUUUGUAUUUAUUUUGUAUUCAUUUAAGUCAGUAGUUGUAACUGCAGAAGUUUUGUUACCUCAAUCCUGGCCCACCUGGCUGAUCAUAUAGUAAGUAGCAGUUUCUUUUAGAGCAUCUAAUGAAAACAUGGCUGAAAGGAAGAAAUGAUGAUAAUGGCAGAUUGUCUAGAAAAUGGUUUUUUUUCUCAAUGUUAUUUUUUUAUUUUAAAUCACACUUCAGUGUUUGCUGAGAGUGGUAGAUUCACAUCAAAAAUAUUAGGUGUUCUUAUCCAUAGAGUUGGUGCAGUAUAUAAGCAGCUGUUGACAGAAGCUUCCUCGUACCUGCUACUCCUCCCACUUCCCAGUCACCUCAUACUAGCACCAAGACAGGGAUUAGCUGUCAUUAUGGGCCUGAGGGCUCCAGGGAGGCCAGGGUGGCGGCCUGUCUUGGGCAGCAGCAGCCUGAUCCCCAGGAAGAGCUCCUUGAAGGUGCUAGCUUUCGUUAGCUAACUGUUUCUUAGGCCCUGCUAUUCCUAACUCUGGGUGGACCAAGUAGGUAUCACAACAAACCAAUUUUAAAGUGCUUUGCUUAGAGCAUUUUGUCUAUGAUUGCAAUGUUUACAGUUCUCAUUUAAUACAAGGCUUUACUUCUAUUAAAUUCUAGUGUUUAGAGAGGUGGGGUACUGUAUGUAUCAUUUUAUGUAAGUAUGCGAUAUGUAUCAUUUUAUAUAAGUUACGCCGUUAUGUCAUGUAUCCUUGUAAUGUCAGGCCUUGCGUUCAGUACACAAUGCAAUAGACUCUUUGCAGACCUGUAUUUUUCAGUGAACAAUAAAAAUAUUGUUUGGCACUAUUCAUUUCCCAUGUUUCCUCUUUUUGGAGUAGUGUAUCCUUCAGUAUGUGUUGUUACAGUUUUUGUCUCUUAUAAAACUUGGCUGUAUAUUCUGUUGUUUAUGACUGGUCAGCUCUGAGACUUUUUAAAGAGAAAUCUUUGUUACCUUAAAGUUCCUAAGGCCUAUUUCAUUUCUGUGUGUUCAGAAACAGUUUGGUGCAGAGAAGUUCUUUGAGGUGUUCUAAACCAAGUGGAAGAUUAUUCUUGAAGAUGCUAGAAUCACCUUGAAAAAUCUCCUCUAAGUAAUUUUUUUUAAAAAGUUUGAGAGAGAGAGAGAGAGAGGGAGAGCAUGAGCAGAGGAGGGACAGAGAGAGAAGGAGAGAGAGAGAAUCCCAAGUAGGCUCUGCACUGUCAGCAUGGAACCCGAUGUGGGGCUUGAACUCACCAAACUGUGAGAUCAUGACCUGAGCCUAAGUUGGACACUCAACCGACUAAGCCACCCAGGCAUCCAUCUUUCUAAGUAAUUGUAAAACAAUGAAUUUAUAAAACAGCAUGUAAUAGUGGCUAAAGAUGGGAAUUGGUUGACAAAGAGAGUAUAGUUUACUUUCUACCCAGUGACCCUGAGCAGCCUAUAGAGUCCUUAUGUUUUUUUCUCUCCUUGAUGUGGAGGCAGGGCAGCUGAGGGGUUGAGCUUGGCUUUCACCAUCAGACAGGCUGUGAAGAGAAUUGUUAUGGCCAGAAACGCAAACCACGUGAUACCUGUUCACUCUGGUUUGAAAUGAGGCUGCUCAGGUUUAUGUUGACUGUGUUAUUCUGUGAAAUAACCUCAGAGACCAAGAGCCUUUUGGUUGUAACUUGUAAGCCAGUGGAAGAGAUGUACAUUCUGUAGGUAAUAGCCCAGAUUUGUGUACAAUUUUUUGGCCCCUUCCCACUGAAACUGUGGCUCUAGUUUAAUUGUUUGAUAUUUAGUUGGAACAAGGAUUUCUCUGUGACCAGCCUCAACACAUGAGAAACCUCCAAUGGAAAGAAGUACAUAUUUUAUCUACAUCUCAUUGAAAAUGUUGAAUAGAAGGAGCUACUUAACUGGCUUUUGGAUUUAGUCUUAGUAAAAGAAUUGGGGACUUGACACGUUCUAAGGCGACUGUAAUUAUGAGCCCUGAGCAGGUCCUGGCUUUAAGACUCAAUAAUACAAGGUACAUGUUGCAUGAGUGUGGAUCACUAUAAACCUUUCUUCGAUUUUGUAGUAAACCAUUCUUUUUUCAGUGCUUGAGCAAAAUCAGAGAUGGAGUUUGUAGUGUUUAAUCAGGGCCUAGCACGCACAGAACACUGUAUUAGAUACUUUAAAAAGAUGGAAAAGAACAAGAUGGUGGAGAUCUUUGUUCUCUGGGAACAUACAAUCUCACCGCACAGAUUAAAACACAUAAAUAUUACUUUAAGGCAACUAAAAAUGUACUACCAAUUAUGAAAUAAUACAGAAUAGCUUGAGUGCAUGAUACUUGCAAUUUUAGUGGUAGAUGAAAGGCACCUAGGUAAUGGAUGUAGAUCCAGAGGAGAAGGUGUGACUGAGGACUGAACCCUGGGAAACUCCCAGGUUCCCAGGUUGGAAAGGGGAAGUGGAAUUGUGCCCUGAAGGAGGGAGGAAAACCGGGAGGUGGCCUGAGAGGGGAAAGUAUGUCACAUACUGUUGGAUAAUGAGUAAGAUGAGAAGUGAGAAUUGAUCAUUGCAUAUGAAGAGAUGGAAUUUCAUUGUAUGGAUGAACACCUAAAUGGAGUGGGUUAUAAAUAUUGGGGGAUAAGGACGUAGACACAGCAUAUUGGGUACAGACAACCAUUAUAAUUGUAGUAGGGGAAUGGGAUGAUAGCCUGAGGAGUAUGAGGGGGCAACAGAGGGUGUCUUUCUUCCCCCCCCCCCGACCCCCAUAAUUUAUCAUUAUAACAACAUGUUUGUAUGAAGAUGGGAAUUAUUUAGUGGAAAGGGAAAAUUGAUUGAUGCAGGAGAUGGGGAGGAUAGUUGCCAAAACAAAGUACCUGAGGGAAGAGUAGAGUGAAAGUUUUAGUAUUAAAUGCUUAUAUUGGGUAAGUCAGAAUGCUUAAAAUAGAUGACUUCAAGCUUUUUCUUAAGAAACUAGAAAAAGAGCAAACUAAAGUUUACAAAAUAAGCAGAAGAAAGGAAAUAAUGAAAAGAAUAGCAAAAAAUCACAUAACAGAAAAACAAUGGAGAAUUUCAGUAAAACAAAAAUCUAGCUCUUUGAGAAAAUCACUACAAUUGAUUACGCUCUGGCCAGAUUGGUAAGGGAAAAAAAGAGGGUACAAAUUAUGACUAUCACUACAGAUCCUAUGUUUAUUAAAUAAAAAUAGAAUAUUAUAAACAACUUAAUGCCAAUAAAUUAAAAACUUAGAUGAAAUGGACAAAUAGCUUUAACAACUCACCCAAGAAGAAAUUGAAAAUCUGAAUAACUCUUCAGACUAUGAUAAUUAUUUAUUAAACCUGCACACCAUAUAUUGAGUAACAGGAACUGAAAUAGGCUUUUAGUGUAAAUUUUAAUCUGAGCAGAAGUUGGAUUGUAUUAAAUGUUUGUUGCAGCUCUAAGUACCAGAGGCUUCAGAUUCCUCUAGUGUCCUGUUUUGGUCUCCCCUCUUGACUUUGGGCUUCUCUAUAUGCUCCUUGUCAAAGAAAGUCUAAGUCUUACAGCUCUUUCAGCUAUAAUCCACUGUUAUUAUGUUGGAAACCUAUUGGUGUGACAGUAAAAGACAUAAGAGAAAGAAGGUGUCCUAUGCUCUUAAGAAUAAAUUUCAAUUUUGUAGUGGGCCUGCAUCCUUAAACUAAGCGUCUCUUAACUUUUUACCCCCCUGGGUAAGACAGGAAAGCCAAAGAGGGCUAGAGUGGGAGGAAUGCCUUCCCCCCAGGUAGGAUAAGGGUCUUAUAAGGUCUUUUUCUGUGGAGAGUAAGUCUUUGUUAUGGAUAACACUGGGCAUAAUUUACGAUAUUUGCUCUUACCCUUUCCCUGCCUGAGCCAUAGGGGAUGGACCAUGAGAUUGUGGUCAUGUUCCUAGAGGUAAAACCUAGAAAAAUGUGAGCCUCUUAAGAUUGUGUGCUAGUCUUAGGGAUUUCUCACUGUUAGGCUACUACACACUCAGACUGCAGCAGUUUGUUAAAAUUAGCCUGUAAGUGUCCCUAUCUAUUUAUGACUCUGGUGGCUUCUGCCCUAGGCAAGCAAAUCUCAGUUGUGACUUUGCAGAUUCCCCUGUCUUUCAAGAUUUCAGGGUGGUGGCGUGUCCUGAGACUCAGUUCUCUUAAGAAGUGCAAAGCAUUAUUGAUUGUUAAUUGGUUUAGUGUUUUCUUGUUGUAAGGAUGGGAGCGACAACUUCCAAACUCUUUACUUAUUGGAGCUAACCAGAAUUCCCCUGUCUCUAUUAAAGAAAUUGAAUUUGUAGUUUUCAUGAGGGCAAUUCCUAGAAGGCUUCAUUGGAGAAUUCUACCACACAGAAAGAAGAAAGGAGAAGGAAACAAUACUGAUUCUACACAAACGGUUCUACAAAAUAGAAGAGAUGGCACACUGUCCAGUUCAUUCUAUGAGCAUUACCAAUGAUAACAAGACCAGACAAAGAUAUUAUAAAGGAAAACAAAAAUAAAAGCUACAGAUCAGUAUCUAUCAUGUAUAAACAUGUAAAAAUCUUCAACAGUCUUUUGGCAAAUUGAAUCCAGUAAUACAUAAAAGAUAAGAUGCAUGUGACCAAAUGGAGUUUAUCCCAAUAAUAAAAAAUUAGUUUAACAUAUAAAUACCAUUCAGUUCACCAUGUUAACAGACUAAAACAAACAAACAUGAUCAUAUCAGCAGAUCCAAAAAAGCUUUUGACAAAAUCUAAAUUCCAUUUUUUUUAAAUUAAACAACUCUCAGCAAACUAGGAAUAGAAAGGGAUUUCUCUGACCUGAAAAGAAGACAUCUAUGUAAAACCUGUAUCUAAGGCCAUGCCUAAUGAUAAAGUACUGAAUGCUGUCUCCACUAAGAUUGAAAACAAGGCAAGAAUGUCCACAUUCACCACUUUGGUUCAACAUUGUACUGGAGGUACAAAAAGACAAAAGGAAAUAAGUCAUCGAUCAAAAAGGAAGAAAUAAAAUUUUCUUUUUUCAGAUAAUAUGAAUUAUUAGUGUAGAAAAUCCUAAGGAAGCUACAGAAAGGUGAUUACAACUAAUUAGUGAACUUAGUAGGGUCAUAGGAUAUAAGACCAACAUAGAAAAAUCAAUCAUGUUUCUCUAUACAAGCAGCAAACAAUUGGAAAUUGAAAUUGGUUGGCUCUCUGGAACUAGUUUGCUUCUCAAACUGUAGUGAAGGGCCAUUUUAAAAAAAACCUUCUAAUUCAUUGCAGAUCAAUACUUUUGUAAAAUACAACAAAAAUGAAUUAUUAUAAAAAUGUAAUAAAACAUUCAAAUUACAAACCCAAACUUGUUGUUGUUAGAGUCAACAGAUAUAAAAUUACAUUCAGUAAAUAAACCAAAGCAAACAUAGAGGAAAAAAAGAAUUACAAAAAUGUAUACGUUUUAUUGACCAUGUGCUUAUAGGCAGUUAAUAUGGAACCAAUAUUAUACUCAAAACUUUCUGUUCUAUAAUAACUGAACAAAAUGUCAUAAUGAAAAGGAUAUUCUCCAUGUUGAAUGCCUAUUUAACACACCAUGAAGCUUUUUUAUGUGAUAAAUAAUCUUGUAUCCUGUUUCUUAAUUUACCUAGUCUAUUCAAAGAAUAAAGCAUAUUUAUAGUAUUUCUGUGUUUAUCAUACUAGUUACCAAAAUAUACCAUAAAUCUACAAUAAUGGAUAUGGAUAGAAGAUUCAGGAGCAGGGCAAUGUGUAUAUGAAAAUCUAGUAUAUAAUAAAAUCAGCAUUUUAAAUUAACAGGGGAAGAAUCAGCUAUUCAAUAUUUGGGCUAUUUGAUAAUUUGAUUAUAUUCGGGGGGGAAAUGUACAGCCAGGUCUUUUACUGUAAAACAAAAUCUAAACAUUAAAAAUUCAAAUGCAAGAAGUAAAACUAUAAAAGAACUAGAAAAAAAUUAGACUACAGUUGAUCCUUGAAAAAUGUGGGGGGGUAGUGGUGUUGACUCCCCCGCCCCCUGCAUGCAGUUGAAAAAUCUGUGCAUGACUUUUGACUCCCUAAAAACCCAACUACCACUAGCCUUACUGUUGACUGGAAGCCUUACUGAUGGCAUAAAUAGCCACUUAUCACAUUUUAUGUGUUAUAUGUAUUACAUACUGUUUUCUUAAAGUAAGCUACAGAAAAGAAAAUGUUAUUCAAAAAUUAUAAGAGAAUGGGAAUGCAAGCUGGUGCAGCCACUCUGGAAAACAGUAUGGAGGUUCCUCAAAAAACUAAAAACAGAACUACCCUACAACCCAGCAAUUGCACUACCAGGCAUUUAUCCACGGGAUACAGGUGUGCUGUUUUGAAGGGACACAUGCACCCCCAUGUUUAUAGCAAUACUAUAGACAAUAGCCAAAGUAUGGAAAGAGCCCAAAUGUCCAUAGAUGGAUGAAUGGAUAAAGAAGAUGUGGUAUGUAUAUAUACAAUGGAGUAUUACUCGACAAUCAAAACGAAUGAAAUCUUGCCAUUUGCAACUGCAUGGAUGGAACUGGAGGGUAUUAGGCUAAGUGAAAUUAGAGAAAGGCAAAAAUCAUAUGCCUUCACUCAUAUGAGGACUUUAAGAGACAAAAUAGAUGAACAUAAGGAAAGGGAAACAAAAAUAAUAUAAAAACAGGGAGGGGGACAAAACAGAAGAGACUCAUAAAUAUGGAGAACAAACUGAGGGUUACUGGAGGGGUGGUGGGAGGGAGGAUGGGCUAAAUGGGUAAGGGGCAUUAAGGAAUCUAUUUCUGAAAUUGUUGCACUAUAUGCUAACUAAUUUGGAUGUAAAUUUUUAAAAAGUAAAAAAUAAAAUUGAAAAAAAUUGUAAGAGAAAAUACAUUUAUAGUACUGUACCGUAUUAACAUUGUAAGUUUACAUCAUCUGUUUACAAGAUGAAUUGUCUGUCAGUACCUACAUCAGUAUUGCCUCAAAUGAUACAAAACACUGUAAAUGUUAUAUGUAUUACUAACACUAGACAUCAAAAAUGAAAAGAUAAUGUGAAAAAGAAACUCAUAUUUAUUUACAGGUAUAAGAACUCAUGCAUUGAGAAGCAGCAAUAUGAUUGCUUUAUGAUAACCAUAUUUUUAUGUAACCAAUAAGAUUGCUUCAUGGUAGCCUAGCCUACACUCUGAUGAAUUAAUUGUUAUAAGAUUAUUAUGGCUUACAGUAUUACAGUCAUAUUCAUAAUACAGUAUUGGAAAUAUUGUUGCUAAAAAAAAACCGCUUGUGAAUGAUAGGCUGAUAUGCAGUUUCUCUAAUUAUAAGAAGCGUGCUGUAAUUCCUGAAAGCAAAAUUAUAAAACAGAAAACUAACACAUUAUUAACUUUAUGUUAAAUAUCACUCACCUUAUGCCUAUGUGAGGAUAGGCUCUGCACUCCCAUGCAGGUUUCACAUGCAGUGUUCUACAUGAUGAACACUUAGGCGAUGAUGGUAAUGGUGACACAAAAUGUCUCACACAAUUACUGUACAGUUGUUAGAUUUUCAUAUGAAGACACUCACAUAUAUACAUAACACAUAAGUUUUUUGGCUGUACAGCAUGAUUGAUUAUUAAAUGGAAGUGAAUCACCAUAAAGGUUUUCAUCCUCAUCAUCUUCACAUUGAGUAGACUGAGGAGGUGGAGAAAGGAAGGAUCGGUCUUGCUAUCUCAGGGCUGGCAGAGGGGGAAGAGGUCAAAGGGGAGGCAGGAGAGGCAGGCACACUCAGUGUAACUUUAUGGAAAUACAUCGCAAUUUCUGACUUUUUGUAUUUUCAUUUCUCUAAAAAUGUUUCUAUCCAGUAUCAAUUGUUUUUCCACCGUUUGUUUUAGUUUCGGUGCCUGUAUCAUAGAAGGGUCCAUGUUGUAGAAGUCACAAGCGGUCUUGAAUAAUCAGAACCCUUCUGCCAGAUUGUCUAACAUCAACUUGUUUUCUGGCUUCUGUGACUCCUUCUUUGUCUCCUUCCUCAUCGUCUGGCACUAUUUCCAAAGCAUUCAUUUCCAUCAAGUUGUCUUCUAUUCAUUUUUCUGGUGUGGUGUCUAUUAGCUCUUGAAUUUCUCUGAGAUCCUUGAAACUCUCACCCUCCACCUUUUUUUGCCAUAUAUAAUCUCUAUGACUGGCCCUGUUGUAAAUCCUUUGAAGUCAUGUUUAACAUCUGAGCACAGCUUUCUCCAGCAGGAAUUUAUUGUUCCUGGCUUGAUGCUUUCAUGGCUUUUUCUAUAACAAUGAUUGAAUCUUCGAUGAUGUGAUCCUUCCAGACUUUCAUAAUGUUUUCCCUUUCAGGGUUCUUUUCCAUAGUGUUGACUAUCCUUUCCAUAGAGUAUUAUGUAUAAUGAACCCUAAAGGUCUUAAUGACCCCCUGAUCUAGAGACUGAAUUAGAGAUAAUUGUGUUUGUGGGUAAGUAAACCACUUUGAUGCCUUCUGUGAUGAGCUCAUGGAGUUCUGGGUGAGUAGGGACAUUGUCCAGUAUCAUAAGAACUUUAAAAGGCAGUCACUUACUAGAGAUCCUGUCUGGCUCAGUAGGAACAGCAUGCAGUUCUUGAUCUUGGGGUGGUGAGUUCAAGCCCCACAUUGGGUGUAGAGAUUACAAAAAAAAAAUAAACAUUUAAAAAAAAAAAGCCUGGCUGUCACUUACUGGCAAGGUACUUCCUAACUUCAGGAACAUUGAUGGAACCAAUCCAGAAGAAGAGUUCUGUUGUCCUCUUGUCGUAUAACCAAAAGAUUGGCACCUGGUCUUUUUUUCCCUUCAAGGCUCUGAGCUGAGUAGCAUUACAGAUAAGGACAACCCUGACUGCAUCUGCACAGAA